AUGCGGUCGUUUACGGCUGCUGCGGCGGCACUGGCCGUCGUCCCGCUCACUCAGGCGUGGAACAUCCAGCUGCCCCCAUGUCUUGAAGAGUUCAAGCCGUUUGUCAAAUCCGGCUGCUUCCAGGAUAGUACCGGCAAGGCCCUCGUCUACCGUGGCAACGGGAACAACUUCACCGUCGAGUCCUGCGUUGCCGAGUGCAAGGGUAACGGCUUUCGCUACGCUGGUCUCAAGUACUAUGGUGUCUGCUUCUGUGGCGCCACCGUGAACGCGCCUCAGGUUGAUGAGUCCAAGUGCAACCUCCCGUGCACCGCCAACAAGAAUGAGAACUGCGGCGGCAACGACGCCCUCUCCGUCUGGCAGGACCCGACUUUCCCCAAGGGGCCAGACGAUACCACCGUCGACAGCUACAAGUCGCUCGGCUGCUACACCGACAAGGGACCGGGCCGCACCUUGUCGUGGGACUCAGGAGCCGACGGCGCUACCUUGACCACCAAAUCGUGCUUGGCCGCCUGCGAGAAGCAGGGCUACCCGUAUGCUGGUACUGAGUUCGGCAAGGAGUGCUACUGCGGUAGCGUUCUGGCCAACAACACGGCCAAGACGGAUGAUGCCCAGUGCAACGUGCCCUGCGCGGGCGACUCCUCCGACAAGUGCGGUGGCCGCAGCGUGCUGAACCUCUACGUUGCCACGGACCUCGAGUCCCUGGAGCCCUGCGGAUACAAGCCUCCCACAACCACCACCACCACAGCUGUGACCACGAAGCCCACGGAGACUACCACCACCAAGCCUGGCCAGGACACCACCACUACCAAGCCUGGUCAGGAUACUACUACCACUACCAAGCCUGGCCAGGACACGACGACGUGCACAGAUUCGACCACGACCACUAAGCCUGGUCAGGAUACCACCACCACCACCAAGCCCGGCCAGGAUACCACCACCACCACCAAGCCCGGCCAGGACACGACGACGUGCACGGAUUCGACCACGACCACCAAGCCAGGCCAGGACACGACUACCACCACCAAGCCCGGUCAGGAUACUACUACUACGACCAAGCCCGGCCAGGACACGACUACCACCAAGCCUGGCCAGGACACGACGACCAAACCGACGACGACGAACGGCUCUCCCACGACAACGACCUCGUCGCUCUGCACGGCCACGCACACGAGCCCUCCUCCCAAGUGCGAGUGGCAGAUCGGCAACUGGUGUGCUCCGCCUCUGCCUGACUGGCACAACAAGCUUGAGUGCCUCGUGGCGGCCAAGACGUGUGAACUCCAGGGUGUUUCGUGCUUCGCCAAGGCCGGCUUCCCGGCUGUUAUCGACUGCUUCAAGUUCACCAAGUGGUGCAUCGCGAUCAAGGCGCACUGCUUGACCGACUGCCUCGUCCACAAGGGAUGCAGCAAGCCCGACUGCUGGGACAAAAACAAGCCCGGUCCUGGGCACCCCCCGUCGACCAGCACGACGGUCUACCCCUGCCCGCCGUCGACGACGCUCAAGCCGACGACGACCAAGCCCCCGGUGACAACGUCGUGCGCCCCGGAGCCGACCAACAUCUGCACGCAGCCCACCAACGACAAGUGGGGCUACGGACCGGGCAAGCCCGUGGGCGGCAUCCCGCUGCCAGCGGUGUGCUGCAACGACAUCGAGGACGAUUUCAAGAGAAACCCCUUCAAGCUGUACAACGACCCUGACAGCAAGAAGUGCCCGUCGUUCCCCUGGCCCAGCCGUCCCAAUGUGUGCCAGGACGCCUGCGAGGAGCAGUAUGAGGACUGCCGCGAUGCGUAUGUCAAGGGCUGCAAGACUCUGGGCCGCAAGCGCAGCAUCGGUCUCAGCGCCCGCGAGGCCGAGACCACGUCGGCGCAGGACGUGGAGUUUGAGCGCCGCUGGCUGCUCUCGUGGGGCAGCGGCGACCAGGCUUCGUGCUCUUCGACGGGCGACCUCUGGUCGUGGGGCGGCAAGGGAUCCGACUCGCCGUCCUGCUGGGGCAAGGGCGGCAACACGCCGGACAAGGCGCUCCUGAGGUGCAAGGCGCAGUACCAGGACUGCUUGGUGGUCAACAAGAAGGUCGACCCCGGUGACAAGUGCCGCACUUGGUGCAAGAAGUAG